AUGGAUAUCGUUAACAGAAAGCCACCUUUUGAUGUCCUGACGGCCACAGCGGCCGACCUUCGCAAUUUAUUGCAGCUUGGUCAGACAACCAGUGUCGAAAUCGUGGAAGCCUAUCUAUCACAAAUUGAGAAGCAUAACAAGGCAGGAUGCGAGCUACGAGCAAUCAUCUCAACCGCACCUCGGGAGGUGGCCCUGGCGCAGGCCGAGGCACUUGAUAGCGAAAGGCGUAGUGGUCAAGUCCGUAGCGCACUCCAUGGAAUCCCUAUUAUUGUCAAGGACGCUAUAGUAACAUCCAAAGCGCUCGGCAUGCCUACGACUGCGGGAGCUGUUGCUUUCAAGGACGCCUACGGGAAGAAAAACGCAGGCAUUAUCGAACUGCUGAUGGACGGCGGCUUGAUCAUCCUAGGGAAAGCGAGUAUGACGGAAUUCUGUGGCCUGAAAGCGACCUGUAUGACGGCCGGUUGGUCUGCUAUAAAUGGCUUGACUCAAUCAGCAUAUAUUGCUGGGGGCUUCCGCAAAGACGAUCUAUUUUGUGGUCGUUCGGGUCCUGGAGGCUCGUCCUCUGGAUCUGCUGUGGGGGUUUCGGCUGGGUUUGCACCUCUAUCCAUAGGAACUGAGACAUCCGGUUCCAUCUGUAUGCCUGCAAACCGAGCAGGUCUAUAUUCCAUGAAAGGCUCCCGAGGGUCCAUUCCAAUGGAUGGGCUGUUCAACUUGAGCCAAGACUUUGACGGAUUAGGCGGCAUGGCGAAAUCCCCCGAGGAUCUCGAGAUGCUGAUGAAUUUGUUAAAUGGAAAUCAUGACAGCGAAACACAAUCUCUAGAUUGGGAGGAUAUAUCUGUCGGGUUCGUCGAUCCGGUGGAAUGGAAUGCCUUUGGGUUUCACAAAUCUCGGGACGAGGAUGUGGAAAAGCAGAUUCUUGACAAGUAUGAAUGGGCGAGAAGCCAGGUAGUGCAACGAGGUGGGAAGGCCGUUUACCCCGUAAAACUACCGUCGACAGAAGAUCUCCUCUACGAUGGGAAGAGCGUCAACUACUCGGUCUCGUUUUACGAAUUCCCGAACAAGUUUGAAAGUUUCUGCAAGCUGCUGGAAAACCCGGCAGUGAGGUCCGUCCCUGAACUGAUUGAUUUCAACAAUAAGAAUGCUGCUCAUGCUAUGCCCGAACCGCAUACUGAUCAAACUGAUUUGAUUAAGACAUUGGAGUCUACUCUUACCGACGAGAUUGCUUCAGCUGCCAAAGCCCAUGGCAGAGAGAAAGCCGGUCCGCAGGGGAUUGACGUUGCUCUCGCAGAGAAUAAAAUAGAUGUGAUCAUUGGCCCCGGCGAUUGUGCGAUUUGCGUGCUCGCUGCUCUGGCAGGCUACCCUACAGCCAUGGUUCCAAUGAGUCGGCUGGAGGGACCAGGAGGACUUGGUCAGCCGCAGGGACUCAUGAUGAUUGGAGGAGCUGGAUGCGAAGGCAACAUGCUGAAGUUUAUGAAACUAUGGAAGCAAGUGGUGGGAACAUGGAAAGUUCCACCUUUGCUAAGUCAGACUGGCCAGAGCAAGGAGGGUUAA